UGGAAUUCAAAACACCUCGUAAUCAAAUCAUAUAACAAGACUAUAUAUGUGCUUUGUCUGAAAAUAAUUUCACUACCAAAAACCCCACUCACUACCCACCCCCAAAACAAAACGACCGCCAAAACCCCACCCAUAAACCUCCGUCCUCCGCCACCGUAAACCACCGUGUGCCACCACCUGAUCUUACAUUUUUUUUUUGACUUUUAUAGAAAAAUCAAGAAUAUUGAAAGUUAGCGUAUUUUUUGAUUGGUGGGGUUUUGUAAAAAGUGAUAAGCAGUUAAAAGGGUGUGUUGGGUAAUGGUUGAAGAAGCUAAAAGACUGAGCUUUUCUGUUUCUUGAAUUUGCGAAGGCAAAGGGGACGGCGUCGUUUUUAGGCUGUGCAGUGAUGAUGAAGAUACGCUUGAAUUUUCUGCGAUUCCUUUUUAUGUUAUUGGUGAUCUUCACUCCUAAUGCUCAACUGACUGCAAGAGCAUUCACCGGAACUUAUGGAAUUAACUAUGGGAGAAUCGCAGAUAACAUCCCUUCACCUGAUAAAGUUGUUAAACUCCUUCGAGCGGCAAAAAUUAAGAAUGUUAGAAUAUAUGAUGCAGAACCCAGUGUCCUUAAUGCCUUUAAAGGGACAGGGCUUGAGUUGGUGGUUGGACUUCCGAACGGAUUUGUAAAAGAAAUGAGUGCUAAUGCAGAUCAUGCUCUGACUUGGGUAAAAGAUAAUGUGAAGGCAUUCCUUCCCGGUACCCGCAUUGUCGGCAUCGCUGUGGGAAAUGAAGUUUUGGGGGGCAGUGACAACGAACUAGAGAUAGCUCUUCUGAAUGCUGUAAAGAAUGUAUAUAAUGCAACACAAAAGCUCGGGAUAAGUGACAUUGUUCAGAUAUCGACUGCACACUCACAGGCCGUCUUUGUUAAUUCAUUCCCUCCCUCCGCUUGUAUAUUUAAAGACGGUGUUGCUCAGUUGAUGAAGCCACUUUUACAGUUAUUCUCAGAAAUUGGAUCUCCGUUCUGUUUAAAUGCCUACCCCUUUUUGGCUUACACGUACAAUUCAGACAAAAUAGACAUAAAUUAUGCUCUUUUUCAGCCGAAUGGGGGAAUUGUUGACAAUAGAACUCUUCUUCAUUAUGAUAACCUGCUCGAUGCUCAGAUUGAUGCAGCAUAUGCAGCUCUAGAGAAUGCUGGUUUCAGAAAAAUGGAAGUCAUAGUUACUGAAACAGGCUGGGCGUCUAAUGGGGAUGAGAACGAACCUGCUGCUACGCCAGGUAAUGCUAGUACAUAUAAUUAUAAUCUGCGAAAAAGGCUUGCCAAGAGGAAAGGAACUCCAAUGAGGCCAAAAAAAAUGUUGAAGGCAUAUAUUUUUGCACUGUUCAAUGAGAAUUCAAAGCCGGGUCAAUCGUCAGAGAAGAACUUCGGACUCUUCAAAGCUGAUGGUAGUAUUUCUUAUGAUAUUGGUUUCUCUGGGCUGCAAGAUAUAUCAGCUGCAUCUUCGCUUUUCUCUUUGAAGGGAAUUAAAGCUCGAGGGUAUUAUUUGUCAGCGAUAGCAAUCACAGCUUCUAUGUCAGUGCUGCUAUCGAGGUUGUGACAACAUUUUUGAACUCAUCUUAUACUAAAUACCAGAUUAGCAUCUUGAAUAUUUCCUAGUAGAAACUGCUACAUCAACAACAUUAGGAAUGCAGUCAUAUAUCUUCAUCGCUAUCAUGAAGGUUGCUGAUUGUUUUUGAAUUUUUCAGCCAUGUACAUCAGUAUAUAUGAAAUAAAUUUAUUCUUGGUUUAUCA